ACCCACCCCGCGGAAAAUACACAAAUAUACACAACUCAACUCAACACACAACAAUUCCCAGCAAUUUUCACUCAACGAUGUAUAGGAUGUGCAACCUAUCGAACCUGCUGAACUUCAUCAUCUGCAUAGCCAGUUUUAGCCAGACUUUCGAUGGAACUCUGGCCCUCAAGAGGGGCCCUCAUCAUCCACGGGGCGAAACCCGGAGAGUGGACCAACAUCUCACCCACGAGGAGCAUCGCAUCGAUGACGAUUUGCGGGAAAUGGGCGUGCAGGCCAAUCUGGAGGACUUAAGCGAAGAGGAGAAAAUCUUCUAUAUGUUUAAGGCCCAUGACAAUGACAAUAAUAAUGCCCUAGACGGUUUGGAGAUGAUUCAGUCCGCCAUGCAUCACAACUAUGACUACUUUAAAAACAACGAACGGGAUGAAUACUUGCAAAAUGCCACCGAUGAGCUGGAACACUUUAUAGAAGCCAUUGACAAGUUUUUGCUGAUUGCCGAUGACAAUAACGAUGGUCUGCUGCACUAUCCGGAAUUUGUUAAGGCCAUAACCGGCGGCAAGGAGCCACUGAAUGUGGACAGGAAUAUCCUGCGCUAAUCCCACAAAUACCCGAUUAGCAGUCAUCAACAAACGAAUCAUCCGAAACCGUAGACACAAUAAUAGAAAUAGAAUAGUUAAAUUAUUUAGCAACUAAUCUGAUUUCCAUGCUGAACCAUUUGAGACUGUACACCAUAAGCAGAAAACCAAGCACUAGCCUGCACCUCGUUUGUACUACAACCUAAUGAUUUAAUAUACAUUUAAAUAG